AUGCGUCUCCCGUCCCUCCUCAUCCUUGCCGCCACGGCUCUCGCUGCUCUCCCCUCCAAAGGUGUAGACUGGUCCUCUCUACUCAUCGAAGAAAAAGCUGGUAAGACGUAUAAGAAUUCCGCCGGCCAAACGCAGCCCCUCGAAACAAUCCUCAAAUCCAGUGGAGUAAAUACCGUGCGCCAACGCAUCUGGGUUAAUCCGAGCGAUGGCAACUACAACCUCGACUACAACAUCAAACUCGCCAAGCGCGCGAAAGCAGCGGGCUUAAAAAUCUACCUCGAUUUCCAUUAUAGCGAUAAUUGGGCGGAUCCUGGAAAACAGGUCGUUCCUGCUGCGUGGAAGAGUUUGUCGAAAGAUGCGCUCGUCAAGCAGGUCUACGACUACACGAAGAACGUCAUCAACACCUUUGCCACCAAUGGCUUGGGCUUGGACAUAGUCAGCAUCGGCAACGAGAUCACGCCCGGGCUUUUAUUUCCUGUUGGGAAGCUUGGGUCAGGUGAGGGUGCAGCAAAUGUAGCCGCGCUGCUCAAAAGUGCGAGCAGGGCAAUCAAGGAAAGCAACAUGUCACCGAAACCACAAAUCAUGAUUCAUUUGGACAAUGGAUGGAAAUGGGACACGCAGAAGUGGUGGUAUGAUACCAUCCUGGCUGCAGGGCUUUCCUCUUCGGAUUUCGACAUACAGGGCAUAUCGUACUAUCCCUUCUACAAUGCCGCGGCGACAUUGUCGGCAUUGUCGAGCUCGAUGAACAACAUGGCUAGUAGAUAUGGGAAACAGGUCAUGGUCGUAGAAACCAACUGGCCUUCGUAUUGUCCCAACCCUUCCACAAGUUUCCCUUCGGACACGACCAGCAUACCUAUUAGUGUGGAUGGGCAAACGCAGUGGAUGAAGGAGUUGGCGAAGCGCGUUGUCGCAGUACCGAAUGGUAAAGGGACUGGACUGUUCUACUGGGAGCCUGCGUGGAUCGACAAUGCGCCACUUGGCAGUAGCUGUGGCUGGAACUUGAUGGUGGGAGAUGAUGGCAAAGUCAUGAGUAGUCUCGCUGUGUUUGGAAGUAUUUGA